CUCCGAUCAGCCAAAGUGAACACACGCCCUUCGCCGCCGACCGCCGACCGCCGACCGCCGGUUAAUCUCAAAGACGCCUUUUUACGUAGAUCAAAACCUCGAUCUUUUCCCACUUCUCACUUAUCACAACUAUUUAUUGUUCUUCAUCUCGGCCUCAACCUCAUCUUGCAGUUGCCACCACUCGGAGGAUAACAAAUAAAGUUUACAUAUACAGUGUUAUGGAAUCAAAACUUCAUCAACUUGAAAAAGAAGCUUACAGAUCAGUGUUGGCAGCUUUUAAGGCACAAUCUGAUACCAUAACUUGGGAGAAGGAAGGGUUAGUAACAGAACUUAGGAAAGAACUAAGAGUUUCUUCCGACGAACACAGAGAACUACUAGCAAGAGUUAAUUCGAAUGAACUCAUCCAUAGAAUAAGGGAAUAUAGACAAAGAGGUAGUGGGCAGGUUGAUCCCAUAAUCAACAGUGUUCAAGAUUCAUCAUCAUACAAAAGGAAGAAAUCUGUCCAGCAAAUUUCUAUGUCUUUUGAUGUCCCAUCAGGAAUUUUACAUUCUCAAUCUGUCACCACUUUACAAUCACCUAAGAUUGUAACAAGACCUGCACAAGGAAAUGGAGAUUGGCCUAAACUUGAUACUUUAAUUGGGAGAAGGUUGAUGACGAAAUGGCCUGGAGACAAUACCUUUUAUGAAGCUGUCAUUAGGGAUUACAGAUCGGAUGAGGGUCGAUAUGGUUUGGUAUACGACGAAGGUACGUCUAAGGAAACAUGGGAAUGGGUGGAUCUUAAAGAGAUCUCACCGGAUUACAUUAGAUGGAUUAGUAGAGACCCGUUAAUAGAUAUCUCAACUUUGGAUAAUAAUAAGAAAGAAUCAAGGCCAUCAACAACCGGGCAAGCAAAUACGAUAGACAAGUUUGAGAUACUACACACAGAAACCUUGAUACACGAGGUGGAAAAAGUCAUUAGUUCGAGUAAUCCAAAUCUAUUCAAGAUUGAAAAGGCAAAGAAGAUGCUCAAGGAGCACGAACAAUCGUUGAUCAAGGUGAUAGAUAUGCUUGUAAAUGCAUCCAACAGCGAUAGCGAAAGUAGCAAUAACGUUCAUAGAUGAGAUUACAACCAUUAUUCUCAGGCUGUUAAAUUACUUUUAGUCAGGAGAAUACGAUUUUGUUCUAAGAACUCUCAAACUAAUUACCAACAAUUUAGUUGUGUUAAAAUUUGAAGUAAAUUAUU